AUGUCGAACGAGAUGGAAGUCGAUCCCCCCGUCGCACAGGACGAGACCCCCGCGGAGUCGGGCCGCGGCUUCGAACCACAAACCCAGACAGGCGCCGUCGCUGUGCGCAGUAUCGAGGGGUGGAUUGUGCUCCUUUCCAAUAUUCAUGAGGAAGCAUCAGAGGAAGAUAUCACCGAUCUCUUUGCGGAUUACGGAGAGAUCAAGAACUUCAGCUUGAACCUUGAUCGACGAACUGGUUAUGUCAAGGGUUACGCCUUGAUUGAAUACGCGACCCUUCCCGAAGCGAGUGAAGCCAUCAAAAACCUGAAUGGUGCCAAACUGCUUGAUCAGACAAUUCACGUCGACUACGCAUUUGUUCGCCCACCACCCUCUGGCAAGGGUAAAGGUGGAGGACCCAAGGGCGGCCGCGGUGGCCGGGGCCGCAGCAGGAGUCCCAACCGGAGUCGUAGCCCGGGCGCUGGUGAUGAGAGAGAUUAA